AACGAAGCUGACUGAUUCCUCCUAUCUUAAAACAACAACAUAACCUAACGAUUCAAACGAAAUUCAGUCGUUCAUCAACACAAAAGUUUAGUGUACAAUUUUUUUUUUCUAUCUUAUCUUUUUCUGUAAUUAUUAUUAAAAAACAUUCACCAUGUCUUAUAUGUUAUCACAUUUACAUAAUGGAUGGCAGGUUGAUCAAGCCAUUUUAUCUGAAGAAGAUCGAGUAGUUGUAAUACGUUUUGGUCAUGACUGGGAUCCAAUGUGUAUGAAAAUGGAUGAGGUAUUGUACAAUAUUGCAGAGAAAGUGAAAAAUUUUGCAGUAAUAUAUUUAGUAGAUAUUUCGGAAGUUCCUGACUUCAAUAAAAUGUAUGAAUUGUACGAUCCGUGUACUGUUAUGUUUUUCUUCCGGAAUAAGCAUAUUAUGAUCGAUCUUGGAACAGGAAAUAACAAUAAAAUAAACUGGACUCUAGAAGAUAAACAAGAAAUGAUUGAUAUUAUUGAGACAGUUUAUCGAGGUGCCCGUAAAGGAAGAGGUUUAGUAGUUUCUCCAAAAGAUUAUUCAACAAAAUACCGUUAUUAAUUUAUUUUAUGUAAUUUAUUAAUAGCAAAUUAAUUAUUAAUUCAAUUUUAUAUUCA